CUAUGCAGAAGGAGCUGGUGUCAAAAAAUGGGAAACUGAACAAAGGAAUACCGACUGCAGAGGUGACCAAGAUAAAAGGAGUUGAGGGCUGCCAGGGAGCUCUUGACCUUCCUCAGGAGGUCCACUCAGAUUCAGAAGGAGUGAUGCACCAUGCUGCUGAAAUGGGACUGAAUGGUAGAAAGGACACGGCUUCUUCCCUUCAGUUCCUUGAGGAGAACAUGCCCAAACUUUUGUCCUUCACCUCGAGCAACUCUAGACACUACCAGCUGGUUGGCCUGGCCAACAUGGGGCAGAAGGAUCCCACCAUGCAGAGCAGGAACCUCUUCGAAAAUCAGAUGAAGGCUGAAGGGGAGAUGGACACAGUGAAGGGACUGGAGCCAGGGGAGAUGAGUGCGGGCAGAAAGCCUCUGUGCACCAGCUCUCCGCAUAAGCCCAGCGACGUAAGAGGAGGGGCCAGGACUGUCCCCAUGGGAGCAGCACAGAGGAAGGAGAGGAGGAGAGGGGCAUGGAGAGAGGCAGCCCCCAGUUCUCUGUCUGGUGACCUCCUGGACCUGUUCCCCAAGUUAUUAAGCCCGGAUGAUCCAGUGCUGCCCCCACCUCUUUUCUCUGACAUUGGGAAUGACAAGAAGUUACCAUUCUGCAAGGGGAGUGUCUUUGGAUCAGAGACCCUGAAGGAUCUAGUCUGGAAAUUCCUGACACAGUAUUACAGAAUCUAUGAUGGUGGGGACCGACAGGGCCUCCUGAGUGCUUACCAUGACAAUGCCUGCUUCUCACUGACUACUCUCUUCCACACUGAGGAUCCAUCCCGAAUCAGCUGCAGCAAGUCCUCCAAGGACAGCGGGGCUGUGAAAGAGUUCAAGGACAUCGGCCUGUGUGUUCUGUUGGUGAAACGCACAAAAAGUGAGAUUGUUGACUUCCUUCGUGUGUUGCCCAAGACCCAGCAUGACCUCAGCUCCUUCGUGGUGGACGUGGGUGCCCAGAUGAGAACCACGCUCUGUUUUUCUGUCCGUGGGAAGUUCAAGGAGACCGAGGGUCUGUGUGGCCCUCCUCUCUGUGCCUUCACGCGGACCUUCCUGUUGAGGACUGGCAGUGAUGCCAGCAUAUACAUCAUUAAUGACCAACUGACUGUGACUCAUGUGAGUCCCAAAGAACCCCAGAGUUCCUGCUUCUCCCCAGUGCCCACACCCUCCUCCAGCUUUGAGCCCACCACGUCCCAGGAGCAGCAGAAAGUGCAGUAGGCCCUCUCUCCGGGUUCUGGUCUCAGAACCACCUAGUGGUUUACAGCAGGUGCUCAGGCCUCUUGACGUCCAUGGACCCUGUGCCUUUGAGGACAGACACACGUGUCUAGGAGUUUCCUC